AUGCCUACCGAGAAAGUCGCCCACUUGAUUCUCUCUGGUGGUUUGGGUAAUUCAAUCUAUGUCCAAUCCCAACUUCGUGCCCGAUACUCGUCGGCGUCUUCCGAAUUUCCUAAUGCCCCCAACCUACAAGUUCGCGUUGCUCCGGAACCACAAUUGGUCGUUUGCAAGGGCAUAGUGGCUGAUAGAGUUCAAAAGCUGAGAAGUGGGAGGAGCAUGUUGAACUGGAGAUGCUGUCGUGCAAGUUACGGCACCAAAUGUAAGGUGCUUUAUAACCCAGCUAACCCAAACCAUUCUGGUCAACGUACUGCGCUUGAUACUCUUGAUGGAAAGAUGUAUGUCACGGGUUGCGUCAAUUGGUUUAUUAAAAAGGGGGAACCUGUAUGUACCGACUCUCCAAUCGUCAAGCCAUUCCUCCGAAAAUUUAUUCCAGCCAUAAGAUCAGAUCCAUGUCCAGACCGCAUAUUUCACACAAGUGUCGUGACGUCUGAUCUCGACACAGCUUCUUUACCUCUCGUCAUGAACCCUGACUGUCGCAAGCUUUGUGAACUCACCUUAGAUCUGUCAUCUAUUCAUCUCUCGCUCUGCAAACUCAAGAACCGCCAUUGGUGGCAGUCCGGCGAGAAAUACCAUCGCAUCGAGGAAGUUAUCAAGGUUAUUCUUGGUCUAGCGGAUAUAUCCUUUGAAUUGUGGUAUGCUGGCUAG